AUGGCUGUUAACAACACCCCCAUCUAUGCCUUUAUGCCGGGUGCAUGGCACACACCCGAUACCUUCGAUGGCAUCCGUGCUAUCUUGAUCACACGUGGAUAUGACUCCGAAGCUGUUGCGCUCCCUUCUGUCGGCGCGGCCGAACCCACCAAAUCCGGCCUCCACGCUGAUAUCGCCCAUACCAACGGUGUACUUCGGGCAUUGGCAGAGCACGGCCGUCAGAUUAUCGUAGUCACACACUCGUAUGGUGGCAUGGUGGGCGCAAGCGCCGUCGAGGGGCUCGGAUACGCUCAACGGUCCAAGGCCGGUCAGCCCGGUGGCGUGAUUAUGGUGGUUUGGCUGGCCGCUUUCGUGACGCCCAAGGGCAAGUCCGUUAUUGAUAUGUUGGGAAGGAAUUGGUUGCCAUGGAUGCUUCUCAGUGACCCCGAUGAUGGCUACUGCCGCUCCUCCCAGCAAGAAACCGUCUUCUACCACGACAUAACACCCGAAGCCCAAGCAAUCGCCAUCCCCAAGCUGAAGCCGCAGGCCAAGCCCUCCUUCCUGGAGCCGGCUACCUUUGAGCCCUGGCACGAGAUGCCAUCCAUGUACCUCUUCUGCGACAAGGAUGCUGCUCUGCCGCUGUUUAUCCAGGAGGGAUUUGCGCAGACAUUGGGUAACCCGGUAACCUUUCACGUUGAUGCAUCGCACUCAGGUUUCUUGAGUAAGCCUGAGGAGACGGCAGAUGGACUGGAGCUUGCGUUACAGGCGGGGCGGGAGCAGAAUGGGAUUUAUUAG